UUUUGUUAUUUAUACUGUAUAUUUAAUCAAUAUGGCACUGAAGAAAGAGAAAAGUGACAGUGGAAAUAGAAAACGUUUUAGUGUAGCAUUAGAGAAAGAAAUUAUUGCAAAAUACGAGAAUGGCAUUUGUGUUUCUGACAUCGCUAAAGAAUAUAAUGUGGCAAAAUCGACUAUCUCUACAAUUAUUAAAAACAAAAAAGCAUUUAAGGCUGCUGAAGUGGCUAAAGGAGUGAAUGUGCUAUUGAAACAAAGAUCUAAAGUUUUAGAUGAAGUUGAAAAACUGUUGCUAAUAUGGAUCAAUGAAAAACAAUUUGCUGGAGACAGUGUUAGUGAAGCUAUAAUUUGUGAAAAGGCUAAAAAUUUAUACAAUGACGUGUUGACCCAGAUACCCAGUACAAGUGCAGACAGGCAGGACUUUAAAGCGAGCCGAGAGUGAUUUGAUAGGU